UCGAAGAAGAAGAGUUACAAACGCAAGGCAAGGCUGAAAAAAGUUUAGUCACGAAAGGGAGUAGUGUCAGGCCAUUCGUGCGACAAAAUACGUGAAAAUUGAGCCUUUCCUUUCGUCGGAACAUCGUCUACAGCAGCAAGUAUCAGCCUGCAAUGGCCUCCACAACCGGUGUGGUGGUUCCACGCAACUUCCGACUCCUGGAAGAGCUAGAAGCAGGACAGAAGGGCGUAGGCGAUGGCACCAUUUCCUGGGGGCUGGAAAACGAUGACGAUAUGACACUCACUCACUGGACUGGCAUGAUCAUUGGCCCGCCAAGGACACCAUACGAAAAUAGAAUGUACUCGUUGAAAAUAGAAUGCGGCGAACGCUAUCCAGACGAACCGCCAACGCUAAAGUUUUUGUCAAAGAUUAACAUUAACUGCAUUAAUAGUCAAAACGGAGUGGUUGAACACCGGAUGGUUCCCGUGCUGAGCAGAUGGAACCGUGACUACACUAUUAAGACAAUUCUUCAGGAGAUCCGUAGGAUUAUGACGUUAAAGGAAAACCUAAAGUUAACACAGCCACCAGAAGGAAGCUGCUUCUAGUGGCCUUAAGAACCGAGGGAAAGGAAGAAAGGCAAAACCCGAACGGAAGAAGUUACAUCGUGAAAAUCUACUCUUGCUGCUGGUUGAUAUUUUUGCAUCGUCGUCGUCUUCGUCAUCAUCAUCAUCGUUUCUGUGCGUGAACGACGCUGUCUAUUGCUCCUGUAGAACACCCCCCCUACAAAACCACCCAACACCCAGCUGCAGAGAAAAAGCAACAAUCGGAACAAAAGGAAUAUACUGCUAUUACUACUUCUACUCUUCAACUUCCGCUCUACUGUUGCGGCCAUCGCUAUCAUUGUUGCUGCUGUUCUUCAACCUUCCUUUUGGUUUUGUUGAUUUAUGAUUAAAAAGAGAAAAUCUUACAAAAAUAUAAACCAUGAGCAGCAAGAACAAAUCUCCUUACUACAAGUCACUACAAAGCACUACACAUAAACACACAGAUGAAAAAUCCUAGAUAUCCUUUAUAGAACUAGAGGGAGCAACGCAAGACGAAGAAGAAUCUGUUGAUAAGGGGUUUGAGAGAAAAAAAAAAGGAUUGCUUAUCUAUAUUUGCGGUAAUUAAAUGCUAAAUGGUAAACUACACUCCAUGCAGUUCGAAUUUUGACGAGCGUUCUAAAUAUGAUGAAGGAAACUUAAGAAAAUGAUGAAACAGUUUAGCAUUAACACUGCUGAUGAACGAAGAGAAGGAAACAAUAAAAGCGGAUACUAUUCUCCAAAAA